UUUCGACGUAAAGAUUCCUUACAAUUGACUUAAUGUUGUCUUAUUGUCUGCAGAUUAUAUGGAGUGAAGUUGAGAAAUUGGUCUAUGAGGUGGAAAAAGAUGGACAAAUUAACUAUAAGUUGUUGACAUGGGCUAUUAACAAAUCUGUCUUUCAAGUGAUUUUGGGGAUUGCAAUGCUGACUUUGUGCUCAAAACCACUUGUAUUUAGUAUUCGAAAGUUGUCUGAAGAAAUUGGAAUGCCUUCGUUCCUCAUUCCCUUUGUGAUAGUACCAGUGGCUCUAAAUGCAAGAAUGGCUAUAGCAGCAAUCUUUCCAGCAAGCCAGAAGUGCUCAAAAACUGCUUCUUUGACAUUCUCAGAGAUAUAUGGUGGAGUGAUCAUGAACAACAUCAUGGGCAUGACAACACUAUUGGCUGUAGUGUGGGCAAAGGACUUAACUUGGGAUUAUUCAGCACAAGUGCUAAUAGUUUUGGUGGCAUGUGCAACAAUUGGGCUUCCUGCAUUAUUCAGCAAUAGAUAUCCACUUUGGACGAGCCUUUUGGCAUUUUCUCUUUACCCCUCGUGUGCUUCUCUUUUACCUUCUUCGGUAGUUAAGAAUGGUCCUAUCAUUGAAACUUAUUUGUGA